CUUUGGUAUCGACGGAAGUGAAUCGUGACCCAGUUACUAAAUAAGGGAUCCAGGAAGAGUUGCUGGGGCGAUGAUGCUGCGCUAAAAUCGAGUGGAGUGCCCUACCUCCUGUCUCACCGCAGGAAUGCCGGGUGGAGAGUAUGGGGAGCUUGGAGGAAGCCUCCCUGCCAUCGCCUCCCUGAACGCCUCCUACUCCACAACCCUGUCCCUCCCGUCCCCGUACCUGCUGGUGCCACCCGGAGAGCGCAAGGUCAUCUCCGAUGUCCGCCGCACCUUCUGCCUCUUUGUCACGUUCGAUUUGCUCUUCAUCUCCCUUCUGUGGAUCAUUGAGCUGAAUAUCUCCAACACUAUCUGGGAGAACCUGGAGAAUGAGGUCAUCCGUUACAACUUCAAGUCUUCCUUUUUUGACAUCUUUCUCCUCGCUGUGUUUCGUUUCCUCUGCCUGCAAGUGGGUUACGCUGCUUUGCGUCUGAGGCAUUGGUGGGUCAUUGCGAUCACCACUCUAGUGACCAGUGCCUUCCUUGUUGUCAAGGUCAUCUUAUCUAAUCUCCUGUCCCAGAAUGCCUUUGGCUACGUGCUACCCAUCACGUCAUUCGUGGUGGCGUGGCUGGAGACCUGGUUCCUCGACUUCAAGGUGCUCACUCAGGAGGCCGACGACGAGAGAGCCUACCUAGCAGCUGUGAACGCGGCCUGCGAACGCGCCCCUAUGAUCUACCCCCGAGCUGUUUCAGACGGACAGUUUUACUCCCCGCCUGAAUCCCUCGCAGGCUCUGAAGAGGAUCUGGAUGAGGAAGGUCUUGGGCGCAGAGCUGUCACUGCACAGGAGAAGGAGUAUGUCAGGCAGGGUCGUGAGGCCAUGGCAGUGGUGGAACAGAUCCUGGCCCAGGAGGAGAACUGGAAAUUUGAAAAGAACAACGAAAUGGGAGACUCUGUGUACACGCUGGAGAUUCCCUUCCAUGGAAAGACUUUCAUUCUCAAGGCCUUCAUGCAGUGUCCUGCUGAGCUCGUGUAUCAGGAGGUCAUUUUGCAACCGGAGAAGAUGGUCCAGUGGAACAAGACUGUGUCUGCCUGCCAGAUCCUCCAGAGGGUUGAUGACAAUACCCUGAUAUCAUAUGAUGUCUCCUCUGGGGCAGCAGGAGGAGUCGUGUCUGCUAGGGACUUUGUUAAUGUGCGGCGGGUGGAGCGAAAACGAGACCGCUACCUCUCUGCGGGCAUGGCAACGGACCACGACGCCAAACCUCCGCACAGUCGCUUUGUCAGGGGAGAGAACGGUCCAGGAGGAUUUGUGGUCCUCAAAUCCAGCACUAACCCAUCCGUCUGCACCUUCAUCUGGGUUCUGAACACAGACCUAAAGGGCCGACUGCCCCGCUACCUCAUCCACCAGAGCCUGGCUGCCACCAUGUUUGAAUUCAUGACCCAUUUACGGCAGCGCAUCGCUGAACUGCGGUCCACCCGGCGCUAGGACACGCCCCGCCGCCAUAUCUAAAGCAGGAGAGACGGCCAACGGUGCCACAGGAGAUUGGGACGCGUCACUGCCCAGUUUUCCAACCCCAGAGAGGGUGUAGCGUGACCCUUGUGAGGCCUGUAAGCUGAAGGGACAUGGUUACUGAACUGCAGAGUAUAGGAAAUGUAACACGUGUGGCCGCACACUGCUCACAUUAGAGAGGAGCGAGGAGUGAUUCGGUUCAUCCGGUUAUGAGAGAAGACGGUCCUCCUCAUCUGUAGACGUCAACAAUGUUGUUUUUUCUCUGCGUGGUCACCUCCUUAUUUUUACGUAGGCCUGUAUGUGGUUUUGAUGUGCCCUCCACUGUGCAAUGAGAAAUUUGUUUCGCGAUCCUUCAAAGCUGUCUUGAGUUAAGGUGGACUUUGCCGACCCAAGCGGACCCGGAUGAGUGUGGAUGUGACUCUCACUGUGUGGGCGUCUGCCUCGCUCUCUCUUUCUCUCUCUCUCUCUCUCUUGUUACAAACAAACUUGAUGCCGUGACGUGACUGAAGUUAUGCUGCACCGAGCAGCUGUCUGAGCCUUAUACUACUUCACACACACAACGUUAGCCAUUGAUUGGCUGCUUUUGUUUUGUCUCGAUGUUUGAUUUUUAUUUUCGUGUUCACUGCAUCGUCUUAACUGUGUGGCUCACUGGUGGUUCACAAAAUCCGCGCAUCACAGCCACGUCUUCAACAGGCACUGUAUAUUUGAAGUACUCACUCCCUUAACUCACUCAGCUCAUUCUCUCCCUCUUGACUACACUGUGAGGAAACAUGUCACGUCGCAGUAUUUUCACCACUGGAAGGAAACACCACUGAUCCACCCAAAUGUGAAGAGUAUGAGAAAUGAAACCCUCUUGGCCGAAUUUCAUGAUCAGUCCCAAGGUGGAGAGACCCAAACUCCCCACAUUUCCUCAAAUAGCAUUGAGGAUUGGUUAUGCUGGGUGCACUGGGUCCACAGUGGGACUGGCUUGGGGGUCACAUUUAGGUUAAACCAGGCGGCUGCCAUUUUUACAUUGUGUUAUCAUUGCAUUAUCAAGCUCAGUUCAAUAAGGAAAAAGAUUAGGACCACGAUAACGAUGGACAUUAAUCAGGAGGCUGUAUACUUGCUAAAGCUAUCUUUUGUGCCAAUAACCUCAAGUGGCCUUCUGGCAGAAUAGCUGAAGUCAUCGACGGUUGUCAAAACUGUUUUCUGUAGUGAUUUGAUUACCGCUGACUUUUAUACAGGCCUUCCCUCAGGCACCGAGAUGUGGCAGUGAAUGUGUUUUUUUUCAUUUUUCUAUCAUUUCUAUGGUGCAUCAUGUUGUUUUUAAUUAGUGAAGCUUUUUUUUUUUUAAGUUUCCAGAAUGUUCACAUCGAUGUUAUAAAGUACAUCAACAGGAUCACGAUUUGCCAACCAAGUUGACGACAGACGUCUUGGUUCUUAGUUCAGAGUUGCCAGGGAGAUGAACCAAGGAGAAAGCAAAGUCUUCUCCCCUGUGCCUUUUGACUCUUGUGAAAAUAAGGCACAACAGCCACUUUGUUCAAUUGUUCAUACUCUCAAGGACCUUUUUCUUUUUUUUAGGCCCGAGCCCACAAUGACCACAUCACAGUCACGGCACGUCCACAUGGCUUCGAAGCAUUUUAUGGUGUCAGCCAAGCUAUGUUUGGAUGCUGCAGCCACAGUCUGAAUUUACCCUCAUAAUGAAGUUUAAGGCAAAUCGUUAUCAGGAUUUAGCUGCAUAAUCUGUGGAGAUUGAUUGACCUUGGGUGCAUACUGUAUAGAAAGGAAAUUUGAAAAUAAUUAAAUGAUAUCAAUAUUUGCUGCCUUUUUUAUAACAAGCAUUUUUUGUUGCUCCAAGGUUUUUUUUUGUUUUUGUUUUUUUUAGCCAGCCAUACUCUGUUAAAUCAAUACAUUUAGUAAUGGUGUAUGUGUAUAAAGCCUGCCUGGAGUUUCCUUCAUUUUUUUUAUUGUUCUAAUGUUUGAAUUCAUGUGCAUCAUAACCACAGAAAUCUAUAAAACAUGUUAGUUUAAAGCCAUUACAGGAUAACUGACCAACUCAACUGUAUUUUUAUGGAAAAUUAACCAGAGUCUGAUCUCUAAUAAAAUGUAUGAACUGAAAA